UAGGAUAAGAUCAGUCUUCCUUGGGGCACUGAAGAGAAAUCCUCUGCUUCUAGAAGUAUCCUUGAAAUUCAGCAAAGGAGAAUUUGCCUAUUAGAGUAGUGAAGAAGAAUGGAUUCUGCAGAAGAGAAUGAAAUGCUUAAACUCUUAUUUCAGUAUCAGCAUGGAUUUAUCAUAUCAAAGAUUAUGUUUACUGCCUGUGAGUUGGGAAUAUUUGAUCUCCUUUUGGAGUCCAGAGACACUCUGAGCUCUGCAGCUAUUGCUGCACGCCUGGGCACGAGCCACAUGGGAAUGAAGAGGCUACUGGAAGCCUGUGUGGGUUUAAAGUUACUAAAAAUGGAAAGGAAGAGCAAUGAAGGCUUUUAUGGAAACACAGAUCUUGGCAACCUCUGCCUUGCCAAAUCAAGCCCAAAGUCCCAGUAUUAUUACAUGAAGUUCUACUCUGAGUUCACCUAUCCAAAUUUCCAAUACUUGGCUGAUGCUGUCAGGGAAGGAAAACCCCAGGUUCAACCAGCGUAUGUCACUCCAGCAAAAGACAUUUUUGCGUCAAUGUACAGUUCAGAUGAAGGGGUGCAAAGAUUCUCCAAUGCCAUGGAUUCUGCCUGGAGUCUAUAUGGUCAGGAAAUGAUGUCUGCAUUUGAUCUUUCUUGUUUCCCUGUCGUUUGUGAUCUGGGAGGAGGAAGUGGUGCUUUAGCCAAAGAGUAUAUUUCAUUGUACCCAAAUGCUACUGUGACCAUUUUUGACUUACCAAAAGUAGUGAAAACAGCAAAGAAGCAGUUUGUGAGUUCAGAAGAAUGCAAGAUUUCUUUCCAGGAUGGUGACUUUUUUAAAGAUCCAGUUCCUGAAGCAGACCUCUAUAUUUUGGCUAGGAUCUUUCAUGACUGGGAUGAUAAUACCUGUAUGCAACUGCUAACUAAAGUGCACAAGGCCUGCAAACCUGGUGGCGGACUGUUGUUACUGGAAGUGGCUCUCAAUGAAGACAGAAGUGGACCUUUGGAAGCCCAUAUACGUUCCAUCAUGAUGCUGCUUUUUACUACAGGAAGAGAACGGACUCUCUCUGAGUACAAUGCACUUCUCAGUGCAGGUGGCUUCAAGGAGAUUCAGUUCAAGAAAAGAAGUUUUUACAGUGCUGUUUUGGGAAGAAAAUAAUCUUGUCUCUACUCUAUUCAUGUUCAGCACCUAAAACAGAUGGUAAACAUAUGUCUAUCCGUAUGUUGUUGGACUCCUGUUCCUAUCAGUCUCAGCCUGCCUGAUGAGAGAUGAUGAAAGAAAUAAGUUCAUCAACAUGUAGAAUUCCUUAGGUUGCCUGCCCACAAGCCUCUGUAACUUUUCUAAAUCUUUUGAAGAUUUGUGUAGAUUUUGAAGAUGUACAGGGAUGAGGAAAUAGCUCUUGUUCUCAAUAAUUUCUGUUCAGACAUUUCUCUGGCUAUUUCUUCCACUUCCUAUGGAAUCACUGCAUACAGUAGUGUUGUUUUUUUUGGGAAGGAGGGAAGGGGGAUAAUAUAGCCUUCUAUUACUGUCACUGUUUUAGACUAUGUACCAUUUGACUUUAACUAAGAAGCUAUGACUUUAUUUCCCAAAAAUCCAGGGAUGUAGGCAAGGGGGGGGGUGUUCUUGGGGUCCAGACCCCCUCCUUCCAUUAGAAAAAUGAAUGGUGUGUGCUGCUGCGCUGCCGCACCCAAGCCCCAUUAUAAUGAUGGCACUUAGUCUGGACCCCCCUUCCCAAAAUCCUGGCAACGUCCCUGAAAAAUCCUUUGUCAGCCUUUGGAGAAACUGGGCAAACACAGUUUAGUUAUCUUGUUUGAGUCUGAAUUGCUUUUAACUCUUCUUCUUGUUUAUUCUUCUCUGCAGGCAAAUAUAUUCACCUUAGAUUCUUUAAAUUGUAAAUAUCUUUGUUACCAUGUGGAAUGAUACUCAGGCAUAGCGCAUUACUUCCCUCUUGAGGUCAUAUAAAGAAAUGCACAUUAUUCUAACAAAAAACACACUCAGAUAGUAGGCUGACUGAGGGGUUGUUUAGAUGUUUAAAUAAUCCUGGUAGAAUGUGGGUUGAAUUGGGAGGGGACUGUCAAAAAACCCCACUUAACCCGCGAUACUCGGUCUCAGUUUUUCCUCCGAGUUUUUCCUAAAAGAUUCACAUUGUUGGCUGUGUGAACCACUGAUGUGAAUAGACUUGGGACAAAACUCUACGCGCCUUGAAUGUGCUUCAAAUACAUACACAUCAUCAGCUCCAUCUUUGAGUG